AUGUGCGGCACUUGGAGUCUUCGAGGCAAGCCAAAGGCCCCCGACACGGUGUCGAAUCCUCUUGAGCGGAGGCUCUCGGACACUCGGACGUGCGUGAGCUGCCUCGGUGUCGGUUGCCCUCCAGGGACUCCGAUCCACGGCUGGCCCGUCCUCCUCGUGGUGUCGUGCGGCCACGUCUUCUGCAAGUCCUGCGUCGCUAAGCGCUGCUCGAUGGGGGUCCGCGACCGGUCGAUGGUGCCGGCGCACUGCUGCGGACUGGAGUUCCCGAUCGAGUACGUCAAGGACGCGCUCGAACCCUCGGGCUUCGAGACGUACACGCGGUUCCUGAGCGAGCGCGAGUGGCAGUCGACCAGCCUCCGCUCGGACGUCGAGUACGCCAAGAUGGUCAAGCUGCUCGGGGGCAUGCAGUGUCCGCGCUGCGGUGUCGGCGUCCUCAAGCUCUCGGGGUGUGAGCAUAUGAGGUGCUUCUGCGGCACCAACUUCACCUACAGAGGCCGUUGA